UUUCCUUUGUUUUGGUCAGAGUCAAACCAACUCGUUUUCGCUAGUUGCCAUCUCAAAUCUCUCUCUCUCUCUCUCAAAACGAUUCAUCGUCUCCGGCCAGCUCCGCUGAACUCACCGUGUCGUUCUCUGAAACCGAUUCCGGAGUUAUGAAUUGGGUUCAACGAAAGAUCUAUCUUUACAAUGUGACAUUUGGGCUCUAUAUGUUGGAUUGGUGGGAGCGUUAUCUCUUCAAUACUUUGGUCGUUGUGUUACUGUGGUUCUUGUGUUACAAUGGCUCACGAUAUUUAAUGGAGUUUGGGAAGAGUGUCAGGCAUCUAUGGUGAGGCCUGGACUUUGGAGGAAGCAUCGACUUGGAUUGUUCAGAUUGAUGACUGAGCGAUGAUUUGAAUGCAGAUGCACCUUGUAUUACACUGUAUUUAGAUUUGACUUGUGAACUGUCGAUUUUGUGAGAGCAAUUAUGCAUCUCCUACACCAUUUUUCUCUUGUUUUAGGCGUCAGUUAUCACUUACUAUAGCAGACGGUUUUACUUCCUGCUGUAUGGCAUAAUUCUAAGAGUCAGAUUUUUCGUUACAUGUUGUGAUUCGUUUUCCCAUCUCUGUAUUCUCCAUAUCCGUUUGGCUGAGAGCUUUCUUAAUAUUUGUAUUUUGAUUCAAACUAUUGAAAGGUGAAAGUGAACUUUGAAUUUGAACGUAGACCAAUUAGAA